CUCCCAUCCGAAGAGGGGACUGGAAUCGGAACAUGGUCCGAGCGCAAGCUUCCCCUCUUCAACCCUCGAGAUCCCUCCCGAGAUCUCCACAUCGGCCCGGUCUCCAACUGCCGUCCUUGCGAUGCGACAGGCAGCGUCGGGAGUGCCUCAACUAGCCCUGUCUCUAGGAGGUAGGACCGCAAUGGCCAGACUCCUUUCGCCUCGAAUCUUUCGUCAUCCUCGUUCUUUGCGCCGGCAGGAAGACGCGACAGCGUUCAACCCCGCACCAGUCCUACGCCCCGCGCAUACAAAUUCACAUUGAGCCUUCCAAACUCUCAGUUGUUGAAUUCUUCAAAUUCUUGACGGAAUAGCAGAUCAACGAGAUGGCCACCGACACAUCCUACACCGUCCCGCUCCUCAUCAACGGCAAAGAGGUAAUCACCUCGACCACCUUCCCCGUAACCUCGCCUUCCUCGCACCAGCAGAUAUGGAGCGCCUCGUCUGCCUCUCUCGGAGAUGUCAAAUCCGCAAUCUCGGCUGCCCAAGGCGCGUUCCCAGCAUGGGCGAAGAUGAAGCCGGCCAAGCGUCGGGACAUCCUGCUCAAGGCCGCCGAGCUCUUCCAGGCACGCGGGGAAGAAUUUGGAGGAUAUAUGAUGCAGGAGACCGGAGCAGCGCCCGCAUUCAGCGCAGGAUUCAAUGUGCCGCUCGCGGCAGAGAUGUUCAGGGAUGUGGCUGGGAGGUGCAGUACGAUUAUGGGCAACAUACCGACUUGUGCGGAGGACGGAACCAGUGCGCUGGUGGUCAAGGAGCCGUUUGGUGUUGUGCUGGGCAUUGCACCUUGGAAUGCCCCGUACAUACUCGGCCUGCGCGCCGUUCUCUACGCCCUCGCCGCUGGCAAUACAUGCAUCCUGAAAGGCUCGGAGCUCUCGCCACGCUGUUUCUGGGCGAUUGGUACAAUCUUGAACGAGGCUGGCCUUCCGGCAGGUGCAUUGAACGUGCUAUAUCACCGCCCAGAAGAUGCGGCGCAGAUCACCACAGCUCUCAUCGAACACCCCGCGAUAAAGAAGGUCAACUUCACCGGCUCUACGGCAGUGGGCCGCAUCAUCGCGCAGACAGCGGGCAAACACCUCAAGCCCGUGCUGAUGGAGCUUGGAGGCAAAGCCAGUGCAAUCAUUCUCGAUGACGCAGACCUGAAGAAAGCCGCGACCCAAUGUGCGCUAGGCUCGUUCCUUCACUCCGGACAGAUCUGCAUGGCUACCGAGCGCAUCCUCGUACACAAAGACGUCAAGGCGCAAUUCAUCGAAGCUUUCAAAGGCGCCUCAGAAGCCAUCUUCGGCGACGACAAGCCCGCGCCGGUCCUCGUACAAUCCGCGGGCGUCGACAAGAACAAGCGCUUGAUCACGGAAGCCGUCAAGGCCGGCGCCAAGGUCGUACACGGUGACCACGAGAAGCACGAACCGCAUCCAGAGACCAACGAGGUUUCGAAGACGAGGAUGAGGCCUAUCAUCGUAGAUGGUGUGAACAAGGACAUGGAGCUGUAUCACACGGAGUCGUUUGGGCCGUCGGUAUCGGUUAUUGAGGUUGCGAGUGAGGAGGAGGCGAUACAGAUUGCGAAUGACACCGACUAUGGGUUGACUGGGGCUGUGUUUACGGAGAAUUUGGCGAGGGGGAUUAGGAUUGCUAGGCAGAUCGAGAGCGGUGCUGUUCAUAUCAACGCGAUGACUGUUCACGACGAGACGAACCUUCCGCAUGGUGGCGCGAAGAUGAGCGGCUGGGGUCGCUUCAACGGCAGCUGGGGAAUCGAGGAGUUCCUGAGGUUGAAGACGAUUACUUAUCAAGAAUAGGUUUGUCGUAUGAUAUGCUGUCAAAUGAAAUUGUACGAGCAACUUAUAAAGACUUGGAUGCCUUACUUGGAAGAAGCGGCACGAUGCCUCUAGAGUCAAUUUCAACCCAUCUG